AUUUACUUUGAUCGCUUGUACUAUUUCGCACACGUUAUAAAAAAGCAAAGAUAAUGUGAGAUUCAAUAAAUUGAAAUAAUGAAUACCCUAAAAAGAGCAAAAAAGAUGGUUUUAAAAUGUUUUCGUAGAGCUAUUACCUCUGUAACAAAGAAAAAAAGCAAUCAUUCUAAAGUAGAAAUGUACGAAGAUUCUCUAAUUCGUGACAUUGAUCAACUGGCUAAUUUUGUACAGUACCAUUCAGAUAAUGCACCAAAAUCGGAAGUUCCAGAAAUUAUCCAUCCAAUUAACCGAAGUUUUACAUUCUGUAUAAAAAAAUCAGAAAAUAAUAGUAUUUCGAAUGAGCAAACUGUUUCAGUAAAACAGGAUCAGCAGAAAGAAAAUGAAAAAUUACCGAAAUUGUUCGGCAAUAACAAAACGAUGUCUGAAGAAACUCCUAAUAGUGUUUCGGAGCCAUCUGUCGUGAAGACUUCAACGGCAAUCAUGAAUAAUGGCGACAGUAUAAUAUUAAAACGGAAUACUGCCAAAUCAUAUAAAAUGGCAAAAGAACGUAUUCCUAGUUUUUUUCUUAUCUUGCCACCAGUCUCUAAAAACGUUAAAAAAUAUUCAAAUAAUCCAAAGAAAUCCACGAAUAUGGUUAACAGCGAUACUAAAAAAAUUAAUCGGAAAAUUACCAAUCUAUUAAAGAAGACAGAAGAACGCCUUCCAGGUUUUUUUUUUUAUCCAACGACCCUACAACGGAAUAUUGAGAUGUUGAUUUUUCAAUAGGCUCACCUAAGUAUAAAAACGUUAAAAUCCACAAAAAAAAGCCAAGAAAACCUAUGAAAUGUGAUAUACGUCACAUUUCACAUAAAAAAUGUAUAUUUUUAUUAUUGAAAACUAAAAACAAAUUUUAUGUACAAAAAUAAUGCACAUAUGAAGAAGGU